AUGCUCUACGCCGCAGGUUCAAGAAAAAAAAACAUUAGGAAAAACUCCGGAGGUUGGUAUCUGGUCUGGAAGCUGUUUCUGUCCCGCUUCAAGCUUGUCCGCGAGCUGCUCGGAAUUGCUCAAUCGAACGAACACUCUCCGGCGCAUCCGACGCUCGGCAAGGAUUACUCAACGGUGAGCAGUGGUGCUGGAGGCAGCAUAAACACCGACGGGAAGGCACGUACCCGUAAGGUACGACGAGACUAG